AUGAUAAAUAAAAAAAAAAGUUACUUUCUAAUUUUGACAGUUGAUUUUAGGAUUUUUUUUCAUAUAUAUAUAUAUAUUAAAAUGGAAACACUGGAACUUAAAGAACUAAAGAUUGUAGCUGUAUCUGAUGAAGAAAUAAAAAAACAACAAAAGAGAGGAGUCAUUUAUCAGAUGUCGAUGAGUUUGCUGGCAAAUUUCACAAUACUUGGUCCAGCGAUGUCUUUAGGGUACAGCGCGGUAAUCCUCCCGACACUUCGAUCUGCAAAUAGUGACUUGCCAAUAACCGAGGAUCAAGCUUCAUGGAUUGCUGGAUCGGCGGCAUUUGGUACCCCAAUAGGUUGUAUGUUGUCUAGUUUAAUAAUGCGUCGAGGUCGGCGACUAAGCUUGAUGGUGACAUCGACCUUCUCCCUGAUUGGAUGGGUUUUAAUUUACAUGUCUACGAAUUACGAGAAGCUUGUAGUCGGAAGAAUAAUCGCCGGGAUUGCGACUGGUUUAGCUUCCGUUCCAGCUACUGUUUAUACCGCUGAAGUUGCUGAUCCUCUAUGGCGAAGUGUUAUGGUAACUUGGAGUAGCAUCGCUAUCGCCUCAGGCAUACUUUUGGUCUACGUAUUUGGUUACUUUCUUCAGGUAAUAAUAAUAAUAAUAAUAAUAAUAAUAAUAAUAAUAAUUAUUAUUAUUAUUAUUAUUAUUAUUAUUAUUAUUAUUAAUAAUAAUAUUUUUCAGGACAAUUGGCGUCUAUUAGCAUUAAUUUGUGGCCUUUUUCCUGCUAUUUCUAUAAUAAUGAUGCUACUGGCACUUCCAGAAUCCCCACUUUGGCUUCGAGACAAGGGUCGGAUUGACGAGGCUCGGAUUUUAAUGAAAAAAUUUCGCGGAGUAUCUAAAGAUAACGCAACAACGCCUGCUAUUGAACAGGAAUUGAAUAAUCGUCCUCGUAUUAGUAAUAAUAAUAAUAAUAAUAAUAAUAAUAAUAAUAUUAUCAUAAGUAGUGAUAAACAAUCAAUUUUCAAGUAUUUAACAAAAAAAAGUUCACUAAAACCUUUUGGAAUAAUGAUGGGUUUUUUCUUUUUUCAACAAUUUUCGGGUAUUUUUGUCGUUGUAUUUUACGCGGUAGAUAUUAUUGAAGAAGCUGGUAUACAAAUAAAUGGUUACUUUGGGGCAAUUUUAAUAGGAAUAACACGUCUUGCAGGAUCUAUUAUUGUAGCUUGUGCGUCAAAAAAAUGGGGAAGACGGAUUCCAUCAAUAAUAUCAGGUGUUGGAAUGACUGUAUUUAUGGGAUUACUUUCAGUAUAUCUUUAUCUUAUUGACCGGGGAAUAAAUAUUGGUGACACUGGUUUAAUACCAGCUAUUUGCAUUCUUGCGUACAUUUUCAUGAGUACAAUUGGAUUUUUGACUCUUCCAUUUGCAAUGGUGGGGGAAAUAUUUCCUACCAAGGUUAAGGACAUUCUCUCUGGUUUAACCGUCUGUUUCGCUUACAUAUUUAGUUUUAUAAUUGUUAAAUGUUAUCCAGAUAUGAUUUUAGCAAUGGGUAAACAUUCGGUAUUUAUAUUUUUUUCAGUGAUAUCUCUUUUGGGGACUGUUUUUGUUUUUCUUUGUCUACCAGAGACCAAGGGUAAAACUCUUAAAGAAAUAGAUCAACUUUUUUCACGUAAAAAAAAUAGUUUAGAGUUGAUUCCAGAAAAGGAAAAGAUUGUUAUUGAUAAAAAUAAACACACAUCAGAUGUUUAA